UAGCCAUUUUCACAGUUUGAAAUUUUCAUGGACGCACCGGUCUAGAAAACAACCCGAAAUCUGGCCUGAAAAUAUGUUUCGGCCACCAGUUGCCUUCUUCAGAAUGUUACCAUGGCAACACCUAAAUGCCCAGCAACGGGGUAUGCCUGCAUUUCUUGCAACAGCAGCUUCGGAGAAAAAAGAGACAAAGGCAGUGAUUUUUGACAUGGGAGGAGUCAUUUUACCAUCUCCCAUGCUGUUAUUUCAAGAUUUUGAAAGAAGCAAUAACUUACCAAAUGGAUUGAUAUUGAAGACAAUUCUCUCAGACAGAACAAAUGGAGCAUGGACAAGGCUUGAGGAGGGACGUCUUAACUUGACAGAAUUUGCAAAAGCUUUCAGCGAAGAGUGCUCAAAACAGCUCGGUCAGGAAGUUGACAUGUCAGGACUGAUGCCAGGUUUUAACAAACAUGCUGCCAGACCAUUUCCUCAGAUGAUUGAUGCAGUAAAAUCUGUGAGAGCAGAGGGAUUGAAGACUGCCUUGCUCACCAACAACUGGUUCAACAUUGACAACAACCAGAGCUAUAUACCUGUUGAUCUCUCUAUAUUUGAUGUGGUUGUAGAAUCGUGUAAAGUCGGGUACCGGAAGCCUAAUCCUAAGAUAUACGAGAUAUGUCUGCGGGAGCUGGGUGUGCCUGGGGAACAGUGUGUCUUCCUUGAUGAUAUGGGAGGGAAUUUGAAAGGUGCUCAGCAGUUUGGUAUUAGGACAAUCAAGGUGACAGGUCCUGAUCAAGGGGUACGAGAAUUAGAGGCCGAGUUAGGUUUGACGCUGCGAGGCUACGUUGAGGGCACAUCCACAGUACCAAAAAGGCUUCAGCUUGAUGAGAAAAAAUUGAAAAGUUACCUGAAUUGGCAGCUAAAAUUACAUUCUAAAGAUGAGCCAAUAGUGAGGUGUUUCUCUCAUGGACAGUCAAAUCCUACAUAUUUUAUUAGAUACGGUGGAAAAGAUAUGGUCCUUAGAAAGAAACCUCCAGGAAAGUUAUUGCCGUCUGCUCAUGCUGUGGAGAGAGAAUACAGAGUAAUGAAAGCUGUGGGACCCCAUGGUGUUCCUGUACCUAAAAUGUUGGCCCUGUGUGAAGAUGACAGUUUACUGGGUACACCAUUCUACAUAAUGGAACAUGUGCCAGGACGUAUAUUUCAGGAUCACCUCCUUGAAGGUCAUAGGCCCGAGGAGAGGACAGCUAUAUACCAGGAGAUGGUGAAAACUUUAUGCAAGAUCCACUCUGUAGAUAUCAAUGCAGCUGGACUGCAGGACUAUGGGAAGCAAGGUGGAUAUUUGAUGAGAAAUUUUACGCGAUGGGCAAAACAAUAUGAAGCCAGUAAGACCGGUGAAAUAGACAGCAUGAAUAAACUAAUAGAAUGGAUUCCUACACACUUACCUGAGAAUGAACGCUGCACUAUAGUACAUGGUGAUUUCAGACUUGAUAACAUGGUAUACUGUAAAUCAGGACCAGAAGUUCUUGCAGUUUUAGACUGGGAAGUAUCGACUAUCGGUGAUCCGCUUACUGACCUUGCUACAAUGUUAAGUUGUUAUUAUGCGUCAAGUGACGAUCAUCAUCCGACUAUGGCAUCAUUUAUUGGCGUAGACUUGAAGGCAAUGGGUAUACCCUCGGAACAGGAACUUGUAGAAAUGUACUGUAGAAGGAUGAAUAUACCCGUCAUCGAUAACUGGGACUUCUACGUUGCCUUUAACUUCUUUAGAUUUGCUGCCAUCUUGCAGGGAGUGUAUAAACGGGCUAUUUCAGGUCAAGCUAGUGCACCAAAUUCUGAACUUGUUGGCCUGUAUGCAAAGGAGGUAGCCAAUAAAGCUUGGGAGAUUGCAUCCAAGAGCAACAUUAAACCGACCAAUCAAAAAGCAGGAACACUGUCAGGAAAUAGGAUUCUAAGCACGUCUGCAACAUCAAAACAUGGCGGGAUUGCAGGUGAAAUGAAGAUAACUGUAGAAAACCUACCAGCACGUGCAAAAACCCUGUACAAGCAAGUCAAAGAAUUUAUCGAGAAAGAGGUCGCUCCGUUGGAGUCUGCAUAUGUAGCACAUACACAGUCUGAUAACAGGUGGAAAAUAUUCCAACCUAUGGAAGAACUAAAGGCAAAAGCUAGCAGCGGUGUUAUGGAACUUUUUUUGCAAAUGUGUCAGACCUGGUUGAUGUAUGGAGCUGGACUAACUAAUGUAGAAUAUGCUUUCAUGUGUGAGGAGAUGGGCAAAUAUUUAAUAGCACCUGAGAGUCGUGGUGGAAUGGGUUUGAGCCAUGACUGUCCACUCGCUUAUUUCCAAGCAAAAGCAAGGGUUAUUAGGAUUGCUGACGGACCUGACGAAGUUCACCGACGGACUAUCGCCAGGAGAGAGUACAAGAAAUAUUCAAAACUGUAA